UUAAGAAGGCAUUUCUACAUUUGGAGUGUUACAGUACAGAAGAUACAGAAAUCCAGUGUAUGUAUCAAAAUAGUUUAAGCGUUUUCUCAAGCCUCUCCUCUAACUGAAGACAAGCACAAACACACACAAACACUGUCUCACUCUUGCUGGAACUCAGAAAUUAAGAACAUGGAAACUCAAGACCCUGAUGUUGUUGAGGCAUUAAAGGCAUCAGGCGAGUCCACCCUGGAAAAGGCUACAGCAAAAGCUAAAAAAGCAUUGGAUCAGCUGAUAAAUGUCUCACUUAACAUCGCCGUGACUGGAAAAACAGGAUCUGGGAAAUCCACCUUUGUAAAUGCAUUAAGAGGUCUAGGUGAAAAUGCUGCUGGAGCAGCACCUACUGGAGUCACAGAAACUACAAUGGAGGUCACCAUGUAUGAGCAUCCUGGAAUGCAAAAUGUGAAGAUCUGGGACCUGCCUGGAAUUGGAAGUCCAAAAUUCAAAGCAAAAAAAUACCUUGAAGAUGUCAAAUUUAACACUUAUGAUUUCUUCAUUAUCCUUAACUCAGAGAGGUUCAUGCAGGAUGACAUCAUGCUGGCUAAAGAAAUUAAAAAACAAAAAAAACUCUUUUACUUUGUUCGUUCCAAGAUUGACAAUGACAUCAGAGCAGAGGAAAGAAAAAAGGGAUUUGAUGAGCAGAAAGUCCUUUCCAUUAUAAAAGAGGACUGUCAAAAAAACCUGAAAGAAAUGGGAGACCCCAAAGUUUUCUUGAUAUCAUCUUUUGAUUUGGAGAAAUAUGAUUUUGAAACACUUCAAAACACACUAGCAAAAGAGCUUCAAGAACAUAAGAGACUCGCUCUUCUACAGGCCUGGCCAGUGUGCUCCACUGAAUGUCUUGAGAAGAAGAUCAAGAUGUUUGAAGGCCUGAUCUGGGCUGUAUCUCUUCUCUCUGCUGGUAUAGCAGUGGUCCCUGUGCCUGGUGUAUCAGCAGCAUGUGAUGUAGGCAUGGUGGUACUUUUUCUCACAAGGUGUUACUAUUCAUUUGGUUUGGAUGAAGGAUCACUGACAAGGCUUUCAGAAAAAGUGAACAAGCCCCACCUGAAAGAAAUGGCCAAAUCAAAGUUUGUUGUUGCCAUCCGAGAAAAAGCUUUGACCAGAUUCCAAGCCUCUGCUGCACUCGCUACCAUUGCUACUGUCAAAUAUUUUAUUAGUCUCGUUCCAGUUGUGGGCAGUGUUGCUGCUGCAGGAAUAUCCUUCGCUACUACUUGGUACUUGUUGAAAGAAGGAUUAAAUGACCUGGCAAAUACUGCUCGAAAAAUCAAAAAAGAAGCUGGGCUGGAUACAAUCUCAUACCUAUAAUCUCCCAGAACAUAAUUUAAUCCUAAAAAUGUCUGUAUUUGUACAUCGAUGUGUCCUAGUCUGCUUCUCUUCAUUGAUUUAUCUCCUUUAGAGCAUGAAGUGUUUUCUGUAUGUUCGACUAUGUGAGGGUUUAGUAAAGAGAAUACCACUUUGUCUUCAUAACAUUAAAAUAAUUUAUGUUAAUGUGCAUUUAAACUAUAUGCUAAAUUACUGAGACAGCAACAGAAAAUUAAUUUGAAAUUGAUUAUGCUUAUAAAACAAUCAUAUGCUUUGAAUACUUUUAUGUGUGAAAUGGAACAGAUUACAAACGAGGUUGAAGCUUUGACCACAGAAGCUUCAGCGCCGGUUGUAUCUGAAAAUGAUGUUUAAGUGUUAAAAGGUUAAAAUGAUGUUUAAAUAGAAGUGAAGUUUUUCCUGCUGAGUUUCUUAGAAAUGAGACCAAGAUGUAUGUUUUAUUUUAUCUAGAAGUGUUAAAUGGAAGCUAAUGCGAAGGUCUCAAGCUUUUGCAAUUAAAAUGUAUUAAAAAUUUGCAGAAUGCGAUGCAGUCUGCAAAAAGGUGUUGCAAGGCAGGUUGCAGCUAAACUUCUUAUCUUAUGCUUUGCAUGCAACAGGAAACUGUGCAGUGCACUGUGCACUGUACUCCUGUUUGCAAAUAAGAAAAUGAUAAAAAAAAAGGAUGUGAUCUUCUGAAACUACAUGUAUUGGAAAAAUUGUAACAGUUUGCCACACCUUGGGUGAAGAAUUUCUUGUCUUUGUGUUCUGUUUUUUAUCUUGUUAUUAAAACGAAACCAUUGUAUUUGGUGAUUCCUAAACCUCUUAA